GCUUGGCCGUUGCCUAGAACGCAUGGCUGCAUGUAGAGCGCAUUCAUUUGUAGUUAUCAGCAGCAUGACAAGACUCGUGCAGUUCAAGGUCGCUGAGCCCCGAGCAGCAGGGAAGCAGCAACUGCGCCUUGCCCUGAACUGAUCAUUGCUGAAGAACAAGUUAGAGAUGAAUCAGCCACCACCUCCGCCACCACCGUCGCAUGGCUAUGCGCACGGCCCUGGCGCGAACUUCGGGGCAAUGGCCGACCCGUCCGGGGGCGGAAUGCCUUCCGGAAUGGCACCGCCCAUAAUGAACAUGCAACAUAUGAUGCAGCCGCCAUUUGUAAUCAUCCAGCAGCCUCAAGGCAUGCAGGGUUUGCCGCAGCAAAUCCUUCUGCACCCGCAGAAUCCGCAACAGCAAAUGCCUGGCACGAUGGAGCAGCAGCAACACGGCAUGAUGAUGCAGCAGCACCAGGCUCACCUGGCGCAGGCCGGGAUGCAGGCCGGGCAUUUCGCGCCUGCGCAGCCCAUAGGGUCCUUCCAGCAGGCUCCUCCCGCGCCGCCGCAGGACCCGGGGCAGCAGCACAUGCAGCUGCAGCAGCAGGCCCAGCAGGCAGCAGCAGACUACCAGCAUCAGCAGCUGCAACAGCAGGCCCAGUAUCAACAGCAGCAACAGUACCAGCAACAGCAGCAGCAGCCUCCGCAGCAGCCGCAGCCGCAGCAACAGCCCCUCACGACGUACCAGAAGCAAAUGCUGGCGGAACGGGCGGCGCGGGGCCAGCAGCAGCCCCAACAACAAGAGCAGCAGCAGCAGCAGCAGCAACAACACCAGCAAUUGCAACAAUCACACUCCGGGCAGCACCUGCAAGGCGGCGGUGGCAUGGCGGGGAUCGUGCCGCCGCCUCCGCCACCGCCGCCGCGACAAGACCCCGACGGCGGCGGCGCCCCUCCACCGCCGCCCCCGCCGCCACCUGAGCCCGCGGGCAGCCAUGCCAGCAACGCGCAGGCCUCACAGCAGCAACAGCAGCAGGAGGCUGCGCCCGAGGCGGUGGAGCAGCAGGCGUUUGACAGCAUGACGCCUGAGCAGCAGGCCGCCUACAUGGAGCAGUGGCAGGCCUACUACCAGCACCAGUACUACUACGGCACGGCGGCGGCGGCGGGGCAGCAGGGCCACGAGGCGUACGGAUACGGCCAGUACGGCUACGCUAUGGACGGGCAGCAGCAACAGUACGGCUACGGGGCAGAUGGGUACGGCGGCCAGGCGGGCGCGUACGGCGGCGCGGGCGCCAACAUGAUGCAGCACCAGCACGCGGCGGCGGCGGCGGCGGCGGCGUCUGGGUACGGCGGUGCCUACCCGCAGCAGCACGCGAUGGCGGCCCAGCAGCAGCAGAUGGCCAUGAUGGGCGCGCACCCGCAGCAGCACGCGCACAUGAUGGCCAUGGGCGGCCAGGCGGCGGCGGGCGCACACGGCGGCUACAUGCCGGGGCGGCUAGACGUGUCGGGUGCCGGGGGCAUGAUGGGCGUGAUGGGCGGCAUGGUCAGCCCCGCGUCAGCAGGCGGCGGCGGCGGCGGCUCAACCGGCGGCGGCAGUGGGCGUCACAUCCCGGAGUGGCUGCGCCAGGAGCUGCUGAAGCGCCAGGUGGCGGCGGCGGCUGCUAGCGCCAAGAAAGGCAGCGACAAUGAGGAUGAGGACGAUGACGACGACGAUGACCGAGCCGGAAAGGCGGCGGCCAAGCCCAAGCGCCACUUCACGGAGGCGCCUGGAGGCGGCAGCCGCUGGGGCGGGCCGGACAAGGACCAGGGCCAGGAGCCGGCGGGCGGCAAGGGCAAGGCGGGCGGCAAGGCCGGUGCUCGGGAGGAGUCGGAGGAGGAGUCGGAGGAGGAUGACGAGGAGGACGCGGCCAUCCGACAGGAGGUGGUGAACCGCGAGAUCAAGACCAACCUGACGCAAAUCCUGCUCGAGGUCACGGACGCGCUGUUCGAGGAGGUGGCUCGCGAGGUGUACGCGGAGACAGCGCCCGCAAAGAAGUCGGCGGCGGAGGGCGCCGUCAAGCUGCAGGCGGGCGCGGCGCUGGUGGCGGGCGGGGACGACGACGACGGCGAGGGCGGCGGCGCCGGACUGCUGGGGCUGGGCUACGGGUCCGAUGAGGAGGAGGACAAGGACCAGGACGGGGAGGCGGGUGGCAAGGAGCCGGCUGCUGGGGACGCGAGUGGCAAGGCUGGUGAUGGAGUUACUGGUGCUGCGGCGACGGCGGCUGCAGGCGGCAACAACGGUGGCGCGGCUGGCACUGGUGACGGCGGCAGCGGUGCGGGUAGGCGCGUUGAGACGUCGGAGGCCCUGGCUGGGUCCCGGCGUGACGUGACCGGGGCGGUUGGUGCGGACUCCCGGGUGCAGCCCCAGGCGAUCGACAAGCCGCCGGCCGCGGCGCCGCCCCAGCCCGAGCGCCAGCCGCUGUACUCCAAGGGACAGAGUGUGUGGCUGCUGGGCCGCGAGGGCGACGGCACGCGGCUGCCCGCCAAGGUCAUUGCGGCGCUGCCGCCCGCCGCGCCAGGCGAGGCGCCGCGCUACAGCCUGGUGGCUGAGGGCCGCAAGGUCACCGCCGGCGAGGCGCAGCUUGCGUCACUGGAGGACCGCCUGCAGCCGCUGCAGCCCGCAGCGGCAGCGGCGGUUACGGCGCCGCUUGCAGGCCCCGCGGCGACCGUGGUGGCCGCAUCCCCCGCGCCGCAGCCAGCGCACGCAGCGGCUGAGGUGUCGCACGCGAAGACGGCGGAGGCGGGCGCGCACGCGGCUGCUGCUGCGGCUCCUCCGGCAGGUGCUGGCCAUGUUGCGCCCGUCGCGGCAGCCGCUGUGCCAGCUGUGGUUGCUGCUGCGCCGACUGCGCCUGCGCGUGAGGCUGCCGCGGCCGCUGCCGCUCACGCGCAGGCAAAACCACGGGAAGAGGCGGGCUCGGGCACGAAGAUCUCCAAGCCCCAGGAGUCGGAGCCUCGAGAUGAGAAGGCGAGGCGGCGGAAACCCAGCCGCAGCAGAAGUCGCAGCCGCAGCAGGGACCGGAGGCGCAGUCGCAGCCGCAGUAGGGGCCGCGCAUCUCGGUCUCGCUCGCGGAGUCGGAGCCGAAGCAGGGACCGUGGCGGCCGCCGCGACCGCAGCCGCAGCAAGGGCCGUGGGGGCAACCGGCGCAGCCGCAGUCGCAGUAAGGACCGCGACAGGGAGCGCGAGCGGGAACGCGAGCGCGAGAAGGAGAGGGCCCGGGAACGCGAGCGGGAACGUGAGCGGGAACGCGAGCGGGAACGCGAGCGAGAACGCGACCGCGAGCGCGAGCGGGACAAGGACCGAGGCCGGGAUCGUACCCGACGGCGGCCCUCUCGCAGCAGGUCCCCGAGCCGCAGUCGCAGCCGCAGUCGGGACCGGAAAAACCGCAGCGGCGGCGGCAGCGACCGCGGUCGCGGCGAGCGGGAGCUUGAGCGCCAGGGCAGCGGCCGGGACCGGGACCGGGAGCGCCGACGCUCUAGCCGCUCACGGUCACGGUCUCGCGAGCGGGAGAAGGAGCGGGAGCGUGGCCGGGACGAGGGCAAGAGCCGCUCGGAGAAGAACGGCAAGAAGGAGAAGAAGGACAAGGACAAGAAGCGGCGGCGGGAGGACGUGGCGUCGUCAGCAUCAGGUUCUGGUAGUGACUCGGAUUCCGGUAGUAGCCGCUCACGAGACGAAGGUCGGUCGCGGAAGAGCAGCAAGCACAAGAGCAAAGACAAGAAGGGCAAGAAGGAGCGCUAGCAGGGCUGAGGAGGAGGUCAUUGAUGGGCGAGUUUGCGGGUCAGGUCUUCAGCAAGGCAGUUCAGGGGUUGUUGUGGCAUGUGCUUCGUGCUGCAUGUGCUGGCGGUUUCCCCAAGGCUUGCGAUGAACCCUUGUCGGACUGGUCCUGCUUGUGUUGAUGCUUGUGUUGAUGUCGCACCAAAAGUGGGAUGUGCCAUGCGCUGUGCGAUGUGGCCCGGUUUGAGUGUAGGGUGAUGCAUCGGUUCUGCUUCGCUCCGGAACUUCCGAUCCCGGGUUGUUCUGAAUGUAAGCUGGUUUAACU